UACUUAAGAUUGAACAAAAAAUUCUUAUCUCAUAACAUUUUGCAUGCAUGCUGGAUGUCAUUAAGGAGGGGUCCAAAUCAAAGGGGUGUGGCUAGUAUCAAACUUGAAAAUGGACAUACACAAGGCUGCCAGGGCUGGUGACUUGACUGCUUUACAAGAUGGCAUCAAAGGGGGAGAUGAUAUCAACAGUGUGGAUGAAGGUAGGUGUACUCCACUCUAUGUGGCAGCCAGGGAAGGUCACACUAACAGUGUUAGAGAGCUGCUCUCUUCAGGAGCCAUGGUGGACCUGGCUAACAAGGAUCGAUGGACUCCACUUUAUGUGGCAGCCAGGGAAGGUCACACUGACUGUGUUAGGGAGUUGCUCUCCUCGGGAGCCGUGGUGGAUCUGGCUGACAAGCGUGGGUGGACUCCACUCAUGAAGGCAGCCAGGGGAGGUCGCACUGACUGUGUUAGGGAGCUGCUCUCCUCAGGAGCCGUGGUGGACCUGGCUGACAAGAAUGGGUGUACUCCACUCUAUUGGGCAGCCAGUGGAGGUCACACUGACUGUGUUAGACAGCUGCUCUCCUCAGGAGCCGUGGUAGACCUGGCUAACAUGGAUGGGUGGACUCCACUUUGCUUGGCAGCCAGGGAAGGUCGCACUGACUGUGUUAGACAGCUGCUCUCCUCAGGAGCCGUGGUGAACCUGGCUGACAAGGGUGAUGGUACUCCACUCUAUUGGGCAGUCAGGGGAGGUUACACUGACUGUGUUAGAGUGCUGCUCUCCUCAGGACCCGUGGUUGACCUGGCUGACAAGGAUGGGGACACUCCACUCAUGGAGGCAGCCUACGCUGGACAGGAAGAUACAGUAAAGAAGCUUCUCUCAUCAGGGGCUUCCGUUCUCUGCACUAAUGAAGAUGGACAGACUGCUCUGAUGAGAGCCAAGAGAUCAUAUCGCCCUGACCCUUCAGUAAUAAAGCUGUUGGAGGAAGCUGCUGAAUCACAUUCACGUCCGCAGUCUGUGCAGGUCCUACCCAAGAACUGGACUGUUAUCACUGACACAGAAACGAAGAAGCCAGUCUACCAGAACAAGGCAGCAGGGGAAACCCUCUCCACACCACCUGGAUAUCCCCUGCACCAAACCUCCGCACACCCUGAUGUCACUUUCUACGACGUGCCUCAAGAGAAGGAGUUCACCUCCAGUGGUGGCCAUGCUGACUUUGAUAAUGGAGUGCAAGUGGCUGUUCCACCUAAUGUUGUCCCAGCAGGGACCUCUGUGAGCAUUAAAGUCCAACCCAGCCUUGCCUCCAAGGAUGUGUUUGUGAUGCCUGAGGGCAUUCAGUCUGCUAGUCCGUCCUACUUGAUCUCUGGUGAAGGUCUAAACGGAGAGGUUACCCUGAGCAUGGAGCAUCAUGUAUGUGUGUCCACCCAUCAAGAAGCUGAUGACCUCCUUUUUCUCCAAGCUGACUCGUCUCCCAAGAGAUCUGGUUCAAAAAGUAUGUACGAGUACCAGGAGGUACAAGAGGGGAGGUCAGAGUUCACUCCUGGAGGGAACACCGGGAGACUGACGCUGGGCACACGACUGAAGAACUUCUUUAAAAUUGGCCGGAGGGGGAAAAAAGGCAAUACUGACAGUAACCUCUACACUGUCAGAGUCUACCGGUCUCCUCCACACACAACUGGGGACAGAAUGGCUCUUGUCAUUGUCAGCUACUUUAACCGUCUGUUUCUCGAUUUCUUGCGGAGGUUUGAGGUUGACAUCAUUCCCCGAGAGUAUCCACACUUGUCAAGUAGCCCUGCUGAUAAGACAAUCAAACAACCUCUUUGCUUUGUCCAAGUUGAUGCAGUACUGGAGCUAGUCUGUGACCCAGCCUGGAGGAGUGUGCCUGACCAGAGAAUGAUUUCCCAAGAAGAAGUUGACCUGCCAGUGAUUGGUAAGUUCUCACCAGAGGAGCUUCAGUGCUACCCACCCAGGAUAGUGUGUCGGUUCUUCCCUGAGCAAGGAGCUGUCUCCUGCACCACAUGCACUCUCUCACUGUAUGGCUUUGACAAGCCAGUCAGUGUGGACAUGGCACUGCUCACUCCUCAGAGAUCAGUGGACACUAAACAACUCAAGGACGCCACUGAAGUACUGAGGAGAACAGUUGGUGAGAUGACCACCUCACAGCUUGGCUCUACUGUGGAGAGUGUACUGUCACUAAUGGAGAAAAUGACAACUGCACUUCAGUCAUCUUCUCUGAGUGAGCUGACAGGCCACACUGACUCCAUACGGACAGAGAUAGCGUCUGUCCUUGUAGUGACCAGGAGGGUUGUCCAGGAGUGCACAGUACAGAGCAUCAGUGAGAACAUGGGAGCCAGUCUCUCUAAGAUGGAGACUUUAUCUCACCAGCUUUGUAUGGUGGCUAAGGUCAAACUGAGAAACUGUCAAGAAGACCAGUCAGAGGAGACAGCUGCUCUUGUUGACCUGGUGGAGAAUGGAGCUAAUCUGUUGAGAGCUGUGGACUGUCUACUCAGGGACAUCCACACACUCAGUGCAGUCAGUGGCCUGGCAGAGAGGAUAGACAUUGAACACCCUCUACUCAACAACGAGAUUGAGACAACAGAGUUCGUAUAUUUGGCGGCUCAUUUUGACAACGUGAUAAUGUACUCUCAGAUGUUGGGCCUCAAUCGUUCUCAGCAAGCUAGUGUGAGGCAGCUCCUAGUUUUAUAUGACAUGCAAACGGCCAUGAUGGAGUGCUUAUCUCUGUGGCAGAGGAGUAACCCAACUGCUGCAACUUAUAGAACUCUUCUGAAACUACUCGUAAGAAUGAAGAAAUAUAACAUUGCGAGUGAUGUGUUCAAACAUUGCCUAGAGAAUAGUAAACUUACAUAGUACAUGUGUAGCGAGCGUAUCAUUUGUAUUUUAGGUUAGUAGAGUUUGAAUGCACGUAAUUAUUUAAUCCUAACAUUGUUAUGGUGGUCAGUCAGUACUAUACUGUCAUGCUCCCUCA